UGAUCGGCGGGGAACAUGGCCAAGAGGUCAAGCUAUAUUCGUCUUCUAUUCUGCGGAAGUCGACCGGAGAACCGGUUCUCCCAGUCAACUGACGCCGUCUCUUACUCUUACAUAUUCCUUAGAACCGUGAAAGGUGCUAGCUUUUGAGGUUUGAGCUCGCCUUCUCCGGCGCCGCCCCGCCGGCGAUCUCUCCGCCGCCUCACAUUUAUGGCUUUGCUUUCUUGCUCCUGGUGCCUCGCUAACUCCUGAGUCCUGAUCUCGGGAUUUCGUUUUCGCUUUUUGUUGUGUUUGAUCUCGUUUGGGUGGGUGACGAAGGAACGAGAGACGGAGACUAAGGUUGAAGUUCCUGCAUUCGAUGGAAUGUUAGGAUCAGAUUGAGCCUUCAUUUGAUCUUGGAAGUGAAUCGGGGGGCAGAUGUUUAGGAAGAACGAUUCGGCCUUGUCCUGCUUUUAUCUGUUCCUUCUUUGGUUCUUCUUCCUCAAGGAGUGAAUAAGAAUCUGGUCGCUAACCUGUGUGGAGCUCUUGGAGACCAGGAGGAAAUCGGACGCGGUUACUUCGGAGAGCAUCGAUCGAUGUUCGACCUAAACUUGGCGUCGUCUGUCUCGGCGACAGACGGGAAGACCAUCGUCGUCGAUUCGGGCGGAACCGCGCCGGCGGAUGAUUCCAGGAGUUCCAACUCGUCCAUCCUCAGCGUCGAGUCUCCCGUCGAUCUGGCCCAUGGCGACUCCAGCUCGACCCUGCCGGCGUCUACCUUCCAGUUUAGCAUCUUGAAGAGCACCUUCGAGGAUGAUCGGCUAGUCCAACCCGGAUUAUUCACCAGGCAGCUGUUUCCGCCGGCGCAGGCGAUUUCGCAAACUACGAAGUUCAUCGAUGCGGCUACCGCUCCUCCUUUCUCGUGUCCCUCCAUGCCGCACUCAAUGAAUCUUUCGUUCUCCAAAUACAAGCCAUCGCGGAUCGAUUCUAGAGUUCUCAAACCGCAACAGCAAGCGAAGAAGGGUCGCCGGGGGCCGCCGUCUCGGAGCUCUCAGUACCGGGGGGUUACCUUCUACCGGCGAACAGGAAGAUGGGAGUCGCACAUCUGGGACUGCGGCAAACAAUUAUAUUUGGGAGGCUUCGACACAGCUCAUGCUGCUGCAAGGUUAGCUUUGUUUUCUUGUCUGGUGCUUUCUUUUUUUUUGCCAUUUCUUUGCCUGCCAACUACCAAGGCAGGAACAUGUCGACAACAGUGUUCUUUACUCAGGGCUUACGAUCGCGCUGCAAUCAAAUUUCGAGGAGUUGGUGCUGAUAUCAACUUCACUCUUUGUGACUACGAAGAGGAUCUGAAACAGAUGAUGAAUUUGUCAAAGGAAGAAUUUGUGCAUAUUCUUCGUCGUCAAAGCUCUGGAUUCUCGAGGGGAAGCUCAAAAUAUAGAGGAGUGACCCUUCACAAGUGUGGUCGCUGGGAAGCUCGCAUGGGACAGUUCCUUGGCAAGAAGUAUGUAUAUCUUGGGCUAUUCGACAGCGAAAUUGAAGCUGCAAGGGCUUAUGACAAGGCUGCUAUAAAGUAUAGUGGGAAGGAAGCUGUUACCAAUUUCGAGCCAAGCAACUAUGAGGAACUACUUCGCAUGGACGAUAAUGAAGGUCAUAUUGUGGAUCUGAACUUGAGUAUUGCCCAACCUGUUGUCCAAAUUCCAGGGGGGAUUCAUAAUCCACCGGCUACUACACCUUCUGAAGCUUCCAAUGCCGGCAAAUCAGAUAUUUAUCUUUCUCGUCAAGUGGUAUCGACUCCUACCUCACCUGAUCCGCCAGGACAUUUGCUUCUACAGACUGCUCGUUUGUAGUUCCCGAAUCAAGGAUAGAAGGAGAGUGAAGAGUUUUGUAAGGGCGAGGAUGAACGGUAGAGGCCAUCUCCAAAUAUAUAUCUCCACACAGCUCUUGCAGCAUCAUCAGGAUUCUCUAAUCUCCAACUGAUGGCUGCUUGUCUCCUCGUGGCCCUAUCGCCUUAGACAAACCCUAAACCAACCCCAUUUCUGCCCUCUAAACCUCCUUCUUGGGGAUCAAAAUCAACAGGCCAAUAUGUGUAAAUAUUGAAUGAAUAAAUUGUUUGUUUGAGAGUGUUUGUUAACUGAUCUUGACUAAAUUGUCUGAGAUUGUUCUUUGAGAAGAAAAA